AUGUCUCCUCACCAGGAUUACUGGUGCCUCGAACACACGCUGCUGUUCACGCACCUACAUCGAGUCCGCCUCUCCAUCCACCAGGGCCUUUCUCCCUCACUCUCAAUGCCACCUCACACCCUUCCUGCCAUGAAGAAGAAACAACGGUGUAUGCCCAAAGACAAAGCCAUUAAGAAGUUCAUCAUUCGGAACAUUGCAGAGGCCGCUGCUGUCAGGGACAUAUCCGAAGUAAGUGUCUUCGAGGCCUAUGUGCUUCCCAAUCUCUAUGUGAAGCUGCAUUACUGCGUGAGCUGUGCUCUUCAGAGCAAGGCAGUCAGGAAUCGAUCCCGUGAAGCCCGCAAGGACCGGACACCCCCACCACGAUUUAGACCUGCUGGUGCUGCACCAGGACCUCCACCAAAGCCCAUGUGAAGAGAUGGCUUCAUAAAGACAGAAGAAAAAACACCUUGGAAAAAUAAAAUGGGACUUACACUUUUU